ACUGUGACAUUGUGCAGGUUGAGGGUGGACCAGGAGAGGUGUACGAGCAGCUGCUGGGUGUGAUCAGCCUGUGUGACGACACCCAGCAGGCGGAUCAGCUGUUGUGGUCAGGAGCGUCCCUGGAGCCCCAGGGAUGCUGGAGCGUCGCCCCGCUGUGUCUGGCCGUCACCAGUAACCGGUGCAGGAUCACCAGCCUCCUGCUGGCAGCUGGAGCACCGCUCACCACCACCUCCCACGGCCUCAACCUGCUGACACUAGCCUGGUGCUCCCCUGACGUCACUCUCCGUCUGCAGGUCACCAUCACGCGGGUGUUCCUUCAUAUACUGGAGCAAGAACGUGCUAAGAUCAAAGAGCUGGCAGCGCUUGGUGCAGGUGUUGAUGAAGUAAGAGAAUUUGGUGCAGGUGUUGAUGAAGUAAGAAAGCUUGGUGCAGGUGUUGAUGAAGUAAGAAAGCUUGGUGCAGGUGUUGAUGAAGUAAGAGAGCUUGGUGCAGGUGUUGAUGAACUAAUAUCCACCAUAGGAGACAAGGCCCCAUGGCAAGCCCGCUGGCCCCGAGGCAGGUCAGUGAUGAGCCUGACUAAGCUCAUGGUUCAGGCGGCUCGUGCCAAGUGCACCUUGACCUGCAGCUUCCUCCACCGGGCUGGUGCUCAGUCCUCCUUAUGUAGCAAGUCCGGCGCGAGUCCUCUGCACGCUGCCCUGGACGCUGGACACUGGGAACUGGCGGAGCGAAUGGUGAAGGACAUGGACGGCUCUCUGUAUGUUCCUGACUCCGCAGGUCGCCAGCCCACAUUCAUCCUGCCUCCACACCUCGCCCACUCUCUGGAGCAGGUCAGUGUACAUGCUCCACACCUCACCCUCUCUCUGUAGCAGGUCAGGGUACAU